GGGAAGUCAAGAGAUAAUCAAACCAAAAAACAAGCAACCAAAAGAUACCCAAAUUAACUAAGCAUACUUCUUGCCCAUAUCAACUAUGUCUCACAUAGCUGUCGAGAGGAAUCGAAGAAGGCAGAUGAACGAACACCUCAAGGUCCUACGCUCCUUGACUCCGUGUUUCUACAUAAAACGAGGAGACCAAGCAUCGAUCAUAGGCGGGGUGAUUGAGUUCAUCAAGGAAUUGCAACAAGUUGCGCAAGCCCUAGAGGCGAAGAAGAGAAGGAAGAGUCUAAGCCCAAGCCCAAGUCCAAGUCAAUUUCAGAUUAGUCCACGUCAACCUGAAAGCCCAUUGCUAAUGGGGAUGAACGAUUCUAAUUUCAAGGAACUCGGUGCAUGCUGCAACUCACCAAUUGCUGACGUGGAGGCCAAAAUAUCUGGCUCAAAUGUCCUCCUAAGGACGAUAUCGAAACGUAUACCCGGCCAAAUUGUUAAGAUAAUCAGUGUUUUGGAAAAACUCUCGUUCGAGAUUCUCCACUUGAACAUUAGUAGCAUGGAGGAUACAGUUCUGUACUCCUUCGUCAUCAAGAUAGGGCUGGAGUGCCAAGUGAGCGUGGAAGAACUAACCCUUGAAGUUCAGCAAAGUUUCUGCUAUGAUGGUCUUAUUAAAGAUGUGCAUGUUUAGUUAGCCCUGCCUUUUUGUGCAGUAACUAACAGAACAUUCUAUAUAUUGAAAAUAUGUAACCUAAUUAUGUUCCACUUUCGAAUAUUUAAAGAAAUUAAUGAUAAAAUUUGUAAUA